AUGGAACGCAAUUAUCCGAUGACAACGAGAUCCCGUUCGGAGAACGAUAGAAUAGUAUUUUACGACAACAGAAAUUACUACAGCGAGCGUCUACCAGACUUCCGCGACGAGCUUAUAUCCCAGGGACUGUAUCCACCGAGUCCCCAGUUGCAAAAUAACCGGGCUAGAAGAUCGAAUUCUGUUUGUACGCAAUCUGACCGGCCGAAGCGGUUCCGAUCGGGUGAAACUGGAAAUCGACGACGAAAUAGUAUUCACGGAAGAAUUACUCACGGUCCUACACCUUUAGGGGACGGAAGAAGAGCAAGUGUGAAGAGAAAAGUAUCUGCAAGACGUUUGAACAGUAUUAGCCGAAAGAGCUCCACCCGACUGUCCAAUACUAGUAAAACUUAUCAUUAUCCUCCAGAAGAAAUGAUAAACGACGAUCACAAGAUAAAGGUCGUUGAAAAAUCGCUGAUGGAAUUGGAGCAAGCGCGAAAACAACGACAGAUAGUCAUUAUUAUUUUGGGAAUUUUUGUUAUUUUAGUGGUUACUUCGGUGUUAAUUGUUAUUAUUACACUUACUCGCAGGUCAUUUCGUACAUCUAUUGCCACUCCAUUGUCUUUGCAUCAUAAUUAUUCUGUACGACAAAAUGAGCCGAAGUGGCAUAAUGCUUCUCAAUCAAUGACCAACACUUCAAUACCACCUUAA